GACGCAGCUGAGGGGGCGGGGUGGGCGGUGCGCGGAGGGGGCGGCGGUGAGUGCAGGAACGGGAAUUGCUGUGAAGUGCUUAAGAUUUUGUGAAAAAGAUGUUCCCUUUAAAAGACACUGUGAUGGGUGCAUCCACCUUCUUUGCCUCAGCUCUGCCCCAUGAUGUCUGUGGAAGUAACGGCCUCCCUCUAACACCUAACUCCAUAAAAAUUCUAGGAAGAUUUCAAAUCCUUAAAACAAUCACCCAUCCCAGGCUUUGCCAGUACGUUGACAUUACCAGAGGUAAACAUGAGAGACUGGUUGUGGCAGCUGAACAUUGUGAAAAGAGUCUGGAAGAUUUGCUGAGAGAAAGAAAGCCUGUCAGCUCUUCGAGGAUCUUAUGUAUAGCAUAUGAGGUUUUGCAAGGUUUGCAAUAUAUGAAUAAACAUGGAAUGGUCCACCGAGCUCUCUCCCCUUGCAAUAUUCUUUUGGAUCGAAAGGGACACGUGAAGUUGGCUAAAUUUGGACUCUACCAUAUGACUGCUCAAGGUGUUGAUGUUGAUUUUCCUAUUGGGUACCCAUCAUAUCUGGCACCUGAAGUAAUUGCACAGGGAAUAGGCAAACCAAAUGAUCACACUCAGUGUGAGAAACCGCUGCCUUCYGGCCCUAAAUCAGAUGUGUGGUCUCUUGGUGUAAUAUUGUUUGAACUUUGCAUGGGGAGAAAAUUAUUUCAGAGUUUGGAGAUAGCGGAAAGAUUGAAAUUUAUACUUAUGUUAGGMUGUGUAGAUGAUAUUGUAACUGUAUUGGCUGAAGAACAUGGUUGCCUUGAUAUUAUUAAGGACCUUUCUGAAAAUAUCAUAGCUCUACUGAAGAAAUGCCUCACAUUCCAGCCUUCUAAAAGGCCAACCCCAGAGGAACUGCUGCAUGACAGUUUGUUCAGUGAAGUAUCCUCACUAUAUCCUCCUUUCCACAAACCUGCUGGUCUGUUCUCAUCCUCUCCAAGGUGUGCUAAUUUAACACUUCCUGAAGACAUAAGUCAAUUAUGUAAAGAUGAAGAUAAUGAUUUCCUAGCAGAAAGAUCAAUUGAAGAGGUUUAUUAUCUCUGGUGUUUGGCUGGAGGAGACUUGGAAAAAGAACUUGUCAACAAGGAAAUAAUUCGAUCAAAGCCACCUGUCUGCACACUUCCCAACUUUUUAUUAGAAGAUGGUGAGAGCUUUGGGCAAGGACGAGAUAGAAGUUCCCUCCUAGAUGACACAACUGUGACUUUGUCUCUGUGCCAGCUCCGAAAYAGAUUGAAGGAUGUUGGUGGAGAAGCAUUUUAUCCAUUGCUUGAAGAUGACCAGCCAGCUUUACCGCAUUCCAACAGUGGCAAUGAGCUCUCUGCAGCUGCUACUCUUCCUCUGAUCAUCCGGGAGAGGGACACAGAGUAUCAGCUAAAUAGGAUUGUCCUGUUUGACAGGCUGUUGAAGGCUUACCCCUACAAGAAAAACCAGAUUUGGAAAGAAGCCAGGGUUGACAUCCCUCCCCUUCUGAGAGGCAUAACCUGGGCUGCCCUGUUGGGUGUUGAGGGUGCCAUAGAAGCGAAAUACGAUGCCAUUGAUAAAGACACCCCGAUUCCUACAGACAGACAAAUUGAAGUUGAUAUUCCUCGUUGCCAUCAGUAUGAUGAAUUGCUGUCAUCACCAGAGGGUCAUGCAAAGUUCAGACGUGUAUUGAAGGCCUGGGUUGUUUCCCAUCCUAAUUUGGUGUACUGGCAAGGUCUUGACUCUCUUUGUGCACCGUUUCUGUACUUGAAUUUUAACAAUGAAGCUCUGGCAUAUGCCUGCAUGUCUGCUUUUAUCCCGAAGUAUUUGUAUAACUUCUUUCUGAAGGAUAAUUCUCAUGUUAUUCAAGAGUACCUGACGGUGUUUUCCCAGAUGAUUGCAUUCCAUGAUCCAGAGCUGAGUAACCACCUCAACGAAAUUGGGUUUAUUCCAGAUCUUUAUGCGAUUCCCUGGUUUCUUACAAUGUUUACACAUGUCUUUCCUUUGCACAAAAUUUUUCACUUGUGGGAUACGUUACUGCUUGGAAAUUCCUCCUUCCCRUUCUGUAUUGGAGUUGCCAUACUUCAACAGCUGAGGGAUCGUCUUCUCGCUAAUGGAUUCAAUGAAUGCAUUCUCCUUUUYUCAGACUUGCCAGAGAUCGAUAUUGAGCGGUGUGUUCGUGAGUCCAUCAACCUGUUCCGCUGGACUCCAAAGAGUGCCACCUACAGGCAAUACGCGCAGCCCCCGCGACACGCCCCCGACAGCAACGGCGCCCGGAGCUCCAUGUCCUCCUUUGCCGCUGACUACCAGGAAGCUCCUCGAAGCGACCUCUCUAGGGACUCCAUCARUUUGGAUGACCUGAAGGCAGAGGUGUCACCACGAAUUUCAGCAGAAGAUCUGAUUGAUUUGUGUGAGUUGACAGGACCUAGUCAUUCCAAAACACCUGUGAAGAAAACAAAGCCUAGUAAGCCAAAGCUGCUGGUGGUGGACAUCCGUAACAGUGAAGACUUUAACCGUGGCCACAUUUCUGGCAGCAUCAAUGUCCCUUUCACAUCAGCAUUUACUCCAGAAGGGGAUCUCAUCCAGUGCCCAGCAACUGCCACGCUCCAGAGCUUUAAAGGAAGAGUUGUGGUGAUUGUAGGAAAUGCAGUGAAGAACACAGCUGCUUUUGCAGCUCAUCUAGUGAAAAACAAGUAUCCAAGGGUCUGCAUCCUUGAUGGAGGAAUCAACAAGAUCAAGCCAACUGGUCUCCUCACUGUUCCCUCUCCACAAAUUUAAAUGACUGUAAACAUUUAGGACAAUCUGUCUGAAGAGGRAAGUCUUACCUACAGCACAGAUAUCCUGAACCUAAAGGGCAUUAUGGCAUCUUCACCGUACAAGCUAUCCUGAUGAUCAGUGUUUUAACCUGCAGCUGUAGAGCCCAGGAGCUUUAUGUUUAUUCUUUAGUACAGAGCUUCAGUAGGAACUGAUCAAAACUGAAGCUUUAAGCUUUCCAAGAAACCUCUUUUGGCACUGAUGCAGGGCAGAAGUGCUUGGGCAAGUCUGAAUGCAGAAAAAGGAACUCAUCUGGCUUUUGGUAUCUUGUAUUUCUGUGGAAACAAAAUUAUCUGGCACUUGAUGGCUCUAAGCUACGCUUAGAUUAUUUGGGAAAGUAUUUUACUGUGAAUAUUGAAAGUUGCAAAAUGAAACUGUACUGUAUGUAUUGUGUGAAAAAUGUAUUCUCUAAUAUUUUAAAAGCAAUUGCUGUAUCUUGUGAACUGCUUUAUUUCUGAGAAGGCUGAAGGUUUUUUCAUCUGUGUUGGAAAUAAAGACGUAUCCCAAAUUAAAAGUCACUCUAAGAGCUGCUGCUGAGUCAGUCCAAAAUCCAUCACAAGAUGGAAAAUGUCUUCUACUCUGUGGUGAAUUUAACAAUCUAUUUCCAUAAUCAUAUCAAAUGUAACAAUUUCUGAAACAAUUGUACUUACCAGUAAGGUGGGCUUUCAACAAUAAGGUGUCUUAGGGCUAAAGAUCAUUUAUUUUGCAAAUAAUAGUGUGCUUCCAUUUUAGAAGCUGAUGCCUUAAAAGGAUAUGUUGYAAUUUUAAUUUUCAUGUGAAAACAUUCUGGAAUAAUCACUCUUGUAUGAAUUGGAAGUUGAGAGUUUUCUUUGGCYCUCUACUCUUUCAGCUAGUGGUGUCAAUUUUCUUGGGGUUUUAUUAGGUCCUUGUACAUGAACUUUAAAACUGAAAGWUUGAGACAGUGGCCUGUUUUUGAACUAGACUGGAUGCAAGUGUUGCAGAUGAGGGAAAUCUGGCUCCCACAAAGGCCAUAAGGUGGCUGUGCAGUAAAGAUGUGGGAAUUACUUCACAGUUAGAAGCCAAAAACYUUUAAAGCACCAACAGAAACAGGAAUUGGCAUACAUCUUACUGAGAAGCUAAAAAUAAACUUGAUUCAGACAAGUACCACCUUUCAGAAGAUGUGGGGGGGGGAAAAAAACAACUCCCUAAUUCCUACCCUUCAAAAUCCCAGGCUAAGUUUGCUAGCUUAUCAGGUCCAUUAUUCUAAAAAUAAUGGUGGAGAUGGGAGGAAAGCUAGGAAAAUAAAUGAAUCUGUCUUCAGGAAUGCUCCUUGAAAAUAUUACCUUUAAUCCAGAAAAAAACUAGUUAUGAUAAUGUAAGAUUGUCAGUGUGGCACUGAAAUUAAAUGGGAAUGGGGAAGAAUGUCUUUUAGAAGACAAGAUAGUGUUAGAUUUACCUUUUUACAUUUUUAAAGGUGGGAAAAAAAAACCUGAUGGGACAUUAGGCUUAAUAAUCACUGAAGUGAGAGGAUUAAAACGUAUUUUGUGAAAUKAACAAAAUGGCACCAAAGACAUGUUCACCUGGUUACAGUCACAUAUUAGCUUGCAUUGUGAAUUUGACAGGCUGCUCUUUAUUAUCAGAGCAUCAUCUGAGACAKGGCAGUUCCCACAAUACAAGCUCACUGUAGGGUAAUGAGGAUUUGCUCUGGAGAUGGGAUUAUUGUAUGCCUUAUUUGAGGAUUUUAUAUCAGGAAUAGUUUUUAAUUUGGCAAACAGAACAUUGCYGUAGCUAACUUUGUUUUGUUUUUCUUCUGUCACAACAGGUUUCCAAAACUGAGAAUUCUCUGAGAGAGGUGGUCAGUGAAAGGCUGUGAGCAGUGUUUAUAAAUCACAGGCAACAUAG